CUGUCGUCAGCUGGGUAUUCUAUCAAAUAAAAAUAUAGAAACUAAAGCAACUCGUUUGAAAUUAAAAAUAAAACUUAAAAAUAAAUUUAAGACUGAACAAAACUGCCUUAAAAAGAGAGUAUUACUGCUUUAAAAAGAAAACCACGAAUAUAGAAUAAAAGCGUUUUCAACAAACCCUUUAAAUAAUUCUCAAAACUAUUAGAAUCAAAGUCUGCAUUUUCAACGCACAGCAGUAAAAAUUUCAAAAUGUUUUCGACGCUGCUGCGUUACCCUACCUAGAAAUGGCGUCACAAUCGCUAAAUAACACCCCAACAACAUGUUGCGCAACAUGCCCUGCAAUGCGCAACAUUUUAAUCAAACUCAACGCAAUAAGUAAAUAACAAAUAGAACAACAAUAAAAACCACCAACUCCAAUGAAUGCCAACCAGUUGGCGUCGGAAGUGGCAGCAAAAACAGCGAUCACAACAGGCAACACUAACAAGAACAACAGCCCUGGCAACACCAGCAACAUCGAUGUUGCUGACGAAUCCAUGAAUCUGAGUGUACUGGGGAAACACGAGAAAAUUGCUAAACAUUUGAAGAGUGUAGCUGCUGGUAAACCGGAUGUGAAAGAAGAUAGCAGCAAAAGCAGUGGAGGAGUGGGCUAUGAGCCGAAACAGAAUGGACAAUAUCGAGAAUGUGAUGAGCACAUGGAUGGCAGAGAGACGCCAACGAAUAGCUGGCAGCAUCACCGCGUAAAUGGUGAAAAGUCAGCAACAACAACCCCACAUGGCAGUAGCAAUAGUAACAGCAGCAGCGCUGUGGGUGACAACAAACCGGAAUGUGGUGGAGAAUCGCCACCUAGGAAUCUGGAUGUACGUGAAGAAGGUGAAGAGAGAGGGCAAAUUGAGGGUGAAGGCGAACGCGCUGAGUCCCCAGCAGAUGAAGGCGAUUAUGGGCGACUUCACACAGCCACAAUCAUAAAAACACCACUCACAAAGACGCUACUGAAGCGCUGUAGCGGCUAUAGCGCGCUCAGCGGCAGCAGUGUAAGCGGAAAUGGCAACGGAAAUGGCAGUGGGAAUGGAAAUGGACACGGGUAUGGAAGUAGCACUCAUAUAGGGGCACCCUCAACCGCACACACAGUGUCGGCAUGCUGCAGCAGCCAGGCGCACGCCAGCGCCACCGCCAGCGCCACCAAUGAGUGUGGUCACAACUGCUGCGCCGGUAGAGAUGAUGACGACGAGGAGGCAGAAGGCGAGCAACAACAAGCGUCACCCACACUCGUCGAGCAUACGGCAUUCAAUGGGGAAGAUGAGCGCUCGACGCCACCGUCACCACAGCCGCCACCACCGCCCUCUCCAUCAUCGCAGGCGUCGUCGUCACACAGCUUUCUGCAUAAAAUGCCAACAGCUAUAUCGACAGCAACAACAGAGUCAACUGCGGCUGAUGCUACUGGCGGCAGUGCGGCAAAAUGUAGCAAAUGCAAUAACAACAACAAUAUACAUUACAACAACUACAAUUGCUACUAUCGGAAAAAGUCGCGCAUGCCGAUUUGCCGAAUUAUGACACUGAGCCGUGGCCCGUACAGCGAGCUCGAUAAAAUGAGCCUUUUUCAGGACCUAAAACUGAAACGACGAAAAAUCGAUUCAAGAUGCAGCAGUGAUGGCGAAUCAGUAGCCGAUACCUCCACCUCCUCGCCCGAUCUACUCGCACCGAUGUCACCAAAAAUGUGCGAUACCGGCGGUGCCGGUGCUGGCGGUGGCGGCGGUGGUCAUGGAGGCGGCGUCGUCGGCGGCGGUGCACUCUCCGUCGUCACCUUGACCGCCACCUCCACCAUUGCGCCCGCCACCGCCUGCUCGACCAGCAGCAGCGGCAUGCCAACUGCCACCAGCAGCAAUAUCGGUCACAAUGUGUGUGCGCCCAUGCCGCCAAGCGCCGCCACCACAACGGUAGUUGUGUCCGCUAGCAAGGCAGCAGCUGUGAAAGCUGAACAAAAACAUCAGCAGCAACAGCAACAGCAGCAGCAACAACAACAACAGACUGAAAUUCACUCGUCCAGCGGCACUGUUAGCGCAGCGGCCGCCUCGUCUGUGAUGUCACCGCCACUAACCACAACUGUGCGCAUGUCACCUGCGCCCGCGACUGAUCUGAGCUUGCCAGCAGGCCGUCGUACGCCUAGCAAUGUCACUACGCCUACGCGAACUACGCCAACACCACCGCAUAAUAAUGGCAAUGCGAGCAGCAGUUGUGGCACAAGUAAUAAUGGUGGUAGUAGUCGCGCCUCGCCAGACUCCAUGGAUGAGCGGCCCUCCACGACCACAACAACAACAACGGGCGGCACGCAGCUGUCCACAAAUGGAAUGCAUGUAGCUGGCAGCGGUGGUGCUGGCGGCGAUUGCAUGCAGGGAUCUGCGGGCGCCGAGUGUGGAGUUAGCAAUUUAAGUGUCAUACGCUCAGUGAAGGAAGAGCGCAUAGCUGCCUCGCCCACGAAAAUGCUAUCCUACCAACAGCACCAGCAUCAUCAGCAGCAGCAACAGCAAAUGCAAUAUCAGCAGCACGCGCAGUCCGCGCCAUCACCAACUCAAUCCAAAGGUCUCACGCAGUCGCAGCAGCAUGUCACAGUGCUGGUGACGCCGUCACGUAUUAAGUCUGAAUCAGCGUCGCAGCAGCAUCAUACGCAGCAAAUGCCGCCAACUUCAUUGCAACAUCUGACACACCACCACCCAGCCUUCUCUACGUCUGUGGCCACUGCGUCCGCCUCAGCUACAUCAUCCUCCUCCUCCGCCGCGACGGUGACUACAACUAGCAGCGCUAGUACAUCGUCACUACACGCUAGCUCGCCAUCGCCCACGCCAUUACCAUCAUCCGCGGCGGCAACGUUGCAUCACCAACAUCUACAUCACCCGCCGCCGCCAAUCGUGCAGACCCAUCACCUGCACCAACAGCUCACACAACCGCAGCUGCGGAAGAGCAGUCCGCCAACAGGUAUGAGUUUACCGCAGCAGCACCUGCUCAACCAAUCCAUGCAGCACUUGACGCAACAGCAGCAAUUCCAGCUGCUGCAGCAAGCAGCCGCGAUGUCGCAGCGUCCAACGCAAAUGUCGCCUAACGCUAUGAGUUCAUCGCCUGGCGCGCGACAUCAGUCAUCGCCACACCAGCAUCUCAUGCAGCAGCACCAACAACAACAACAGCAACAGCAGCAUCAACAUGCUCGCAUCAAGAAGGAGCCCGCGCAACUGCUAGCCGCCGCCGCCGCCGCAGGCAGCUUGUUGGGUAACAGCGGCGUCGGGCAACGCCACUUACACUCACCACAUCACCACCACCCUUCAUCGCCGCAGCACCAACAACAACAAUCAGCGCCGCAGUUGCCGCCACAGACGCUGGGUAAUAUCGCACAGCUGAUACAUCCAGCCUCACUACAGUCGCUACGCCAUCCCAGUCGAGAUGCCGGUAUACUUUUUCGCGUGAAGAACGAGGUGCACCAGCAGGUGGCCGCCGCGCAGCUCAUGCAGCCAGGUGCUGCUGCCGCCGCCGCCGCGGCUGCACAACGCAUGGUUUGGGUAUCGAACGCGCGCAUAAACGGCGUCAAACCGGAGGUAAUAGGAGGACCGUUGGGUAAUCUGCGGCCUGGUGGACCCGCGCAAUCACCUUCGCCACAUCACUCUUCAUCCUCCUCGUCAUCACAGCUGUCACCACAGACGCCUUCGCAAACACCGCCCCGCGGAACUCCGACCGUCAUCAUGGGUGAAAGUUGUGGCGUACGCACUAUGGUUUGGGGCUACGAGCCGGCGCCCCCCACAGCAGGUCCAUCACCUACACAUGGCGGCAGCAGUAGCAAUAGUGGUUCGAGUGGUAUGCAUCAAACACCGCCUUCGACGCCAUUGCAUCAACAUGGGCAACCACUGUUGCAGCAACAUCCGCCAUCCUCUAUGUCUUCGCUCUCCCAACAGUCGCAUCACUCAUCACAGUCAUCACUGCAGUCUGCGUCAUCGCCCUCGGCGGGCUCUCUUACACCGACACACACGCCUGGUCCAUCGCUGCAAAACAACGAAGAAGCGGCGCAGCUAUUGCUCUCGCUCGGCCAGACCCGCAUACAAGAUGUGCGACCACGCCCUCACCAAUUUCGCACGCCACAUGCGCUCAAUAUGGAGCGGCUCUGGGCGGGCGAUUACUCGCAAUUGCCGCCUGGACAAAUUCACGCACUAAAUUUGAGCGCGCAACAGCAGUGGGGUAGCUCAAAUGCGACGGGUCUGAGUCGAGGCUUAGAUGCGCCACAUGAGCCCACAGAUGAGGACGAUCAGCCGUUAGUGUGUAUGAUUUGCGAGGAUAAAGCGACUGGUUUGCAUUACGGUAUCAUCACAUGCGAAGGUUGCAAGGGCUUCUUCAAGCGGACAGUGCAAAAUCGGCGCGUCUACACCUGCGUAGCUGAUGGCACUUGCGAAAUAACCAAAGCACAACGGAACCGGUGUCAGUAUUGUCGAUUUAAGAAGUGUAUCGAGCAGGGUAUGGUGCUGCAAGCCGUACGCGAGGACCGAAUGCCAGGCGGUCGUAACAGUGGCGCCGUCUACAAUCUCUACAAGGUGAAGUAUAAAAAACACAAAAAGUCCAAGCAGCAACAGCAGCAACAACAACAACAGCAACAACCGCAACAGCAACACAUGCAUUCACCACACCAUCAGUCGCCACUCUCUCCACACCACCAACAACAUCUGCUCUCGCCACAACAACAUCUGCAUCAGCAUCAACAACAGCUGGCAGCAGCUGCCGCAGUCGCUGCAGCAGCUCAGCAUCAGCACUCGAAGCUCUUGAGCGCCACGCUGGGACAGAGCGAGAUGAAGUCAAUGUUUUUGGGGCCUUCCGUCAAGCAGGAGCACUUACAGCAGCAACAGCAGCAACAACAUCAUCAGCAUUCGAAGCUGCUGAGCGCGACGCUGGGACAGAGCGAAAUGAAGUCCAUGUUCUUGGGGCCUUCCAUCAAGCAGGAGCACCUACAGCAGCAGCAACAACAGCAGCAGUCGGCGCAGCUGAAUUCGCCACACCAGCAGCAGCUACUUUCGCCGCACCACACACUGCAUGGCUCGCCGCAUGGCGCACUGCCGCAACACUCGUCAGCCAGCGCCUUGCACAGUCCACUCUCGCAUGGGCCUCCCUCACUGCCGGCACACACUUCCUCCUCAUCCUCAUCUUCAUCGUCGGCAUCAUCGGGUGGCAGCAGUGGCUCGCAGCAGUCGUCGUCGCAUCAUGCGCUUCACUCGCCACAUCAUCCGCUGACGCAUGCGCAUCACAUGCAGUCGAAUGCGUCACAUACGCCACAUUCACAACAACUGCAUCAGCAGCAGCAACAACAACAACAACAGCAACAACAACAGCCGACACAGCUGCAGCAAGAGACUGCCAUCAAACUGCCCUCGCAUUUGGUUAACGGUACAAUACUUAAGACUGCACUCACGAAUCCCAGCGAAAUCGUGCAUUUACGCCAUCGGCUCGAUUCGGCGGUGAGCUCGUCGAAAGAUCGGCAGAUCUCUUACGAACACGCGCUAGCCAUGAUUCAAACGCUCAUCGACUGUGACGCCAUGGAAGAUAUUGCCACACUGCCGCACUUCUCCGAAUUUCUCGAAGACAAAUCGGAAAUCAGCGAGAAACUCUGCAAUAUUGGCGACUCCAUUGUGCAUAAGCUGGUGUCAUGGACGAAAAAGUUGCCCUUCUACUUGGAGAUACCCGUCGAGAUACACACGAAGCUGCUGACAGACAAAUGGCAUGAGAUACUCAUAUUGACGACAGCAGCAUACCAGGCGUUGCACGGCAAGCGCACCACACCCAGCACCACGACGGCGGGCAGCGGGGGAACUACAACGGCGCACGCUUCGUCCACCACCAGCUCGAGUGGCCGCUCUAGCGUCGGUGCGCCGCCACACUCGCCUGCCUCUGCCAAUCAUCACCACAACCAUCCUACGCAUCAUAUGGCCAGUUCGCCGCAUGCGGCGAGUAGUAGUCUGAAUUUGCCACAUCAUCACCACCAUCAAAUGCACGCAGCCGCGACACCACCACCACUGCAGAAGGACGAUCCGGAGUUUGUGGACGAAGUGAAUGCGCAUCUAAAUACGCUGCAGACGUGCCUCACCACGCUGAUGGGUCAGCCCAUAGGCAUGGAACAGCUAAAGUUAGACGUUGGUCACAUGGUGGAUAAGAUGACGCAGAUAACGAUCAUGUUUCGGCGCAUCAAACUCAAAAUGGAGGAAUACGUUUGUUUGAAGGUGUAUAUUUUGUUGAACAAAGCAGAAGUGGAACUGGAGAACAUACAGGAACGUUAUGUACAGGUGUUACGCACCUAUUUGCAACACUCCUCGCCGCAGAAUCCGCAAGCGCGACUCACUGAACUGCUGUCGCACAUACCAGAGAUCCAAGCUGCUGCUAGUCUAUUGCUCGAAAGUAAAAUGUUCUACGUUCCCUUCGUUUUGAAUUCGGCCAGCAUAAGGUAGCAAAUGCUUGAACGUGGACUACUGCCGAUCGAUGAUGAUCCGCCCAAGGGGUUGAUGAUGAUAAAGCAAAUACAACAGCAGCAGCAACAAAAUCAAGAGCAGCCUGAUGACGAUGAGGAAGAGCAAAAUGCAGAGCAACCGCAACAACAAAGCAACCUAAUGAAAGCGCGAAGGCGCGCAGCCACGGAAAUGGCUGAGCGCCAGCAAAGGCAGAGGGAGGAAGAUUUAAAAAAGCAGCAACAGCUAACCCAGCCACAGCAGCAAGAACAACAACAGGAACAGCAGCAGCGACAGGCGAGGUUUUGUUUACCCACGCUGGAGUUGCCAAGAAUCAAGGUGGAGGCCGUGCAACAGCAUCUGCGCUAUUCGAUGGAGGAGGACGAAGAUGACGAGGAAGAGGAGGAAGAAUUGCGAAAUAUGGCGGAACAGCAUGAGCAGCAACAACAGCGCGAACAAAGCGCUGAAGACGAGCAACUUAAGCGUCCAAUGACGCACCUCAUAGAACCAACCACCUCCAUAUUGAAGACUUCACUGCUGGCAGGUGCUGCGCAAACAUUGGCAACGUUGACGGCAGCUGCAGAGCAGGUUAGUCGUACGGCACAGUCGCCACAGGCACAAAGCGGCAGAGCGAGCGCUAACGCCGGUGCGGGCGCGCUGGCUGGCCGCAGAUCGCCGGCGUCGGCGGCAGACAAUAGUCUGAUAGAGAGUAAAAGACUGCAAGCACAACACCAACAACAACCACAAAAACAUCAACAAUCAGAAGCACGCGAGCAAAACGCGCCUGUAAUGCCUUACAAAUCGAUAUUGCAAACAGCGCUUAUGGGUGAGCGACCGCCAAGAUCUUCGCCGCCACUGCCGUCGUCCGUACCAAUUAUUGUGCGUGCGCAACCAACAGCAGCGCAGCCACCGCCACCACAUGUGAUGAAAACAGCGGUGACGCUGGCGAGUCUCAGUGAAAUCGCGGCCGCGCGCCAACAGCAGGAGGAGGAAGAGCGUCUAUUUCGCGAACAACAGCAGCAAAGACAUCAACAACAGCAGCAUUUAUUGUUACAACAAACACUGCCAUUGAAGAAGAAGAAAAGUUUUUUGCAACAAAAGUUAACAGCCACUUGCAACAUGCUGACAACAGCGGCAACGAUAUUGCAGCAGCAGCAACAACAGCAACAGCAACAACAACUGCCGACACAUGCAACACUCCCGCAACAGCCACAAAAUUCGAUUACCAUACUGCCAGUCAGCAACAACAACAAUGCCAGCACAACUUCAUCAGCAGCAACAACAGCGAAAAUUGUUUUGAACAAUGUAACAGUAAGUGCGAGCGGCGGCAGCGUAUUGCGGUGCAUUUCGACUGCAACAACGUCGACAGCCGCCUCUACAACAACAACGGCGCGCACGUCCGCCGCCUGUUUGAGUAGCGCGCGCUCAACGACAACAUCGGCGCUAGGCAGCAGCAAAGCCAGAAGUACCACAGGCAAUGCCAAAAGUGUUGCGACCAGCAGCUGCCAAGCGAUGGCCACACAAACAAUCAAAAUACCAAUGGUGCGCACAGCGACGGUAACAACGCAAACGCAAACCGAAGAAAUGCACACAGCGACGGCUAUGGCAACGCCAACAACAACAGCAAAUUGUGAGAAGCAACAGCAGCAAAAUGCGCCGUUAAGUACGCGCUCCACCAGCAGCCAUGUAAUUACACGCAAACUCAGCACUGCUUUGCAUCAGCAGCAGCAGCAGCAGCAGCGUACUGCGUCUAGCAGCAACACAUCUGCAACAUUACUAUCACUGCCACUCCAACAGUCCAGCCUAACGCGCCGUCCCUCACCUCAACGCCAAACCACAUUAGUCACUGCCACAACGAAUGCGGCUACCACAUGUGUCGCCGCCGCCGCUCCGCCCACAACCACAACCACAACCACUGCCACAGUCACAGCCACCGCUGCCUCGCCCUCCACAGCUGUUACUGUUGUUGUUUUUAAAACAUUGUUACCUGAUGACUGAAUUAAUUAAUUUUUAAUUGUUAACAAAGCAAAAACACUAAAGCAAAAAAAAAACGAAUUGCUGAUGAAAGCUUUGGCAGAAAGCUUACCAUGUGCGAAUUUAGAAUUGGAGCUCCCAUAUUCUCAACUCCGCAACUCCAUGUUAGCUGUUUUUGUUUACUAUAAUUAUAGGUAUUUGUAUUUGUUCUAGGUUUUAAGUACAUUAACUAGUAUUUAGCCACGCACUCGCACUAUGCAUGCUUCCUGCGCUAGACUACCGCUGCCCUUUGCUACAAAGCCCACCCCGAAAAUGAUUUCGCAAUUUAUGGAGUUUUUUUUAGUGAAUUUUGCUUGCUUUUCGAGUGAAAUUAUAGAUUCCCAUGGGAGGUGGUCAAAGGCUUGGUAAAAAUUAACAAAAGUAUCGUGAAAGUUCAUUUAGGGCUCUUGAGUUAGUGCUAGACUAUUUUUAGAGGACUUAGGAAUUUGGAAUUACUAAAAGUUUCUUAAAAAAAUUCGAUCUUAGCUUUUAUAAAAUUUUUUGAACAAAUAAAAUCCAUCAGCUUUGAAUUGUAAACUAAACUGAGAAAAAGUUUUUCGAGCGCAAUUUUUUUUAUAAAUGAAUUUUAGCCCACGCUGAAUAUUCCAUGAAUAAAAAAAAAAUUUAUAAACUUCUCAUUGUUUGAUGGCUUAGUGUGAACCCACAGCGAAGAUGACAAAAAUUGUAUUUUGUCGGCCGCCAAGAAAACAUUUCUGUAUACCAUUUGUGUCGUGUUACGACUCAUUUGGAAUGGAUUGAAUAAUAACAAGUAAUGUACUCUUGCUCUAUACGAAACAAACAACGUUUUGUUGUAUUCGGUGUGGGCUCACACUUA